AUGGCUUCCGCCCCUGAUACCACAUCCAUCCCGGGUUACACCAUCUUCCGGGAGGGCGACUAUGACAGCGUUGCGGCGACAGCCAUGCUCCCACAGGGUGUUCCCCACCCGCUAGAUCAACUUUCUAUCGUGGAAAUUCCCGUGGCGGCCAAGUUGAUCCGGGAACAUAUCAGCCCCAACACCGUCAAAUUCAACUGCCUCACUCUCCGUGAGCCCCGGAAGGCCGAGUACCAGGCUUGGCGCGCCGGGAAGAUCCCUGCCCCGGACCGCCGGGCAUUCGCCAUCAUCAUCGUGUGCGAAACACAACAGGUUGCCGAAAUCGUCGUCAACCUGAAGACCAAGAAGGUCGAGGAGCAAAAGGAUGUCCAGAACGUCAUGCCCACUCUCACUCUGGAGGACUUGGAUGUCAUGGAGCGUAUCGCCCGCAAGGAUGCUCGCGUUAUCCGCGCUUGCAAGGAGAUCGGCAUCACAGACAUGAGCAAGGUAUUCUUGGAUGCCUGGGCUAUUGGUGUUGACGAGCGCUGGGGCUUCGAGCGCCGCCUCCAGCAGGGUUUGGCCUACUACCGGACCUCGGAAUUUGACAACCAGUACGCCCAUCCUCUGGAUUUCACUGUUGUCGCCGACACUGAGACCGAGGAGGUCCUCAGCGUUGAUGUUCGCACUGUGAAUGGCGAGCGUACCGCUGUGCCCCUGCAGGAGCACAAUUACCUCCCUCAGUUCAUCGGUGACUCCUAUAUCCACGACCGCCUCAAGCCCAUCGAUAUCACUCAGCCCCAGGGUGUUUCCUUCAAAGUCCGCGGCAGCGAACUGUCCUGGGCCAACUACAAGAUGCAUAUUGGUUUUAACUACCGUGAGGGUAUUGUUAUCUCCGAUGUUCGCACCCACGACAUGUAUGAGGACCGUGAGCGCACUCUGUUUAACCGUAUCUCUGUUGUCGAGAUGGUUGUCCCCUAUGGCUGCCCCGAGAAGCCCCACCACAAGAAGCAUGCUUUCGAUGUCGGCGAGUACGGCACCGGUCUGAUGACCAACUCUCUCAAGCUGGGAUGUGACUGCAAGGGUGCUAUUCACUACAUGGACGGUAUUAUGACCACCUCCAGCGGUGAUGCUGCUGUCGUCAAGAAUGCCAUCUGUAUCCACGAGGAGGACAAUGGUCUUCUCUAUAAGCACACCGACUACCGUGAUGGCACCGUCAUUUCGGCUCGUGACCGAAAGCUCAUCAUCUCGCAGAUCAUCACUGCUGCCAACUAUGAAUACGGCUUCUACCACACCUUCACUCUGGACGGCACCUACAAGCUUGAGAUGAAGCUGACUGGCAUGCUGAACACCUACUGCCUGCACCCCACCGAGGAGGCUGCUCCCUACGGCACUCAGGUUGCUCCUCAAAUCACCGCCCACAACCACCAGCACAUCUUUUCUCUUCGUAUUGAUCCCGAGAUUGAUGGCACCAACAACACUGUCGUCCAGAGCGAUGCAAUUCCUGCUGAACACCCCGUCGGCUCCGCCGAGAACCCCUACGGCAAUGCUUUCCUGAGCAAGAAGACUCCUCUCCGGACCUCGCUCGAGGGUGCUGCCGACUACUGCUACGAGACCCAACGCUCCUGGGACAUCAUCAACCCCAACCGCAUCAACAGCAUCGCCAAGAAGCCCAUUGGCUAUAAGAUCCUGAACACCUCCUGCCCUCCUCUUCUCGCCAAGCCCGGCAGUACCGUCUACAACCGUGCUGGCUUCGCCCGCAAGCCCCUCUGGGUCACCCCCUACAAGGACUACGAGCUGUUCCCUGCUGGUGACUAUGUCUGCCAAUCCACUGGCGAGGAGAACCACCCACACAACCAGACCAUUGUUGACUGGGCCAACCGCAACGAGAAUAUCGAGAACACCGAUAUCGUCUGCUACUUGCAGUUCGGUCUCACCCACUUCCCGCGUACUGAGGACUUCCCUAUCAUGCCGGCCGAGCCAGUUAGCAUCAUGCUCCGUGCGUCAAAUUUCCACGAGAAGAACCCCGGCUUGUGGGUGCCUCCGUCGGCGAUCUGUGUCGACAGCCAGUCGACCAAUGCAUUCCCCACGUCCUGCUGUGCCGCCAAUGCUCCGGCCAGCUCUUCGCGUCUGUAA